AUGGGGGCUCUGAGACUACCCGCUCUUACUUCAAUCUUCACUUCCUCAUCCUCCGCCGCCGCUGCCAGGUAUUCGCCGUUACUUCCCCGUCGCUCGCCUCACUUCCGGCAGCCCCUACGCCGCCUCUCCUCCGCACAGAGCACCGACCAGAAGCCUCGAGUCCAGGAUAAGGAAAAGGACCGAGUUAUAACACCCAGGUCCGAGGACUUCAACGCCUGGUAUUUAGACGUCAUUGCCAAUGCGGAGCUCGCUGAUUACGGCCCGGUUCGGGGCACUAUGGUUAUCCGGCCCUACGGUUACGCUAUCUGGGAGGCUAUUCAGGAUUACUUAAAUGUGAAGUUUAAGGAAACGGGACAUAGUAAUAUGUAUUUUCCACAGUUUAUACCAUAUUCCUUCAUUGAGAAAGAAGCAAGCCAUGUUGAGGGUUUUAGUCCUGAAUUAGCUCUUGUAACCAUUGGAGGUGGGAAAGAACUUGAAGAAAAGCUUGUGGUUCGACCUACAAGUGAAACUAUUGUGAAUCACAUGUUCACUCAGUGGAUUCAUAGUUACCGUGAUCUUCCUCUCAUGAUCAACCAGUGGGCAAAUGUCACAAGAUGGGAGAUGCGGACCAAACCAUUCAUCAGAACACUAGAAUUUCUCUGGCAGGAGGGUCAUACUGCCCAUGCCACAGCAGAUGAAGCAGAAAAAGAGGCAAUGCAGAUGAUUGAUGUCUAUACAAAAUUUGCUUAUGAGCAAGCUGCAAUACCUGUUAUUGCAGGUCGAAAAUCAAGAAUGGAAACUUUUGCUGGCGCUUCCAAGACCUACACAAUUGAAGCAAUGAUGGGUGACAAGAAGGCUUUGCAGGCAGGAACAAGCCACAACCUUGGUCAGAAUUUUUCUCGAGCAUUUGGGACUCAGUUCACAGAUGAAAAUGGGCUUAGGCAACAUGUAUGGCAGACAUCAUGGGCAAUUAGCACUCGGUUUGUGGGUGGUAUUAUCAUGACACAUGGGGAUGAUGCUGGGUUACUGCUUCCUCCAUGGUUAGCACCAAUACAGGUCAUAAUUAUCCCAAUAUGGAAGAAAGACAACGAGAAGACUGGAGUACUUUCAACUGCAUCGUCUGUUAAAGAAAUCCUGCAAGCUGCAGGAGUCAAGGUUAAGAUUGAUGAUUCUGAACAGAAGACACCGGGAUGGAAAUUCAAUUUCUAUGAAAUGAAGGGAGUUCCUCUGAGAAUUGAGAUUGGACCUCGAGAUGUUUCUAGUGGAAGUGUAGUGAUCUCUAGAAGAGAUGUUCCAGGAAAGCAGGGGAAAGUUUUUGGUAUUUCUAUGGAACCUUCAACUCUAGUGCCUUACGUAAAAAACAAGUUGACUGAGGUUCACUCCUCACUUUUGGAAAGAGCAGUAUCGUUUCGAGAUAGUAACAUUGUGGAUGUUUGCUCUUACAAUGAGCUUAAGGAGGCAAUAUCUCAGGGAAAAUGGGCAAGAGGACCUUGGUCAGCCAGUGACAGUGAAGAGUUAAAAGUGAAAGAAGAAACAGGAGCAACAAUUAGAUGCUUCCCUUUCGAGCAGCCUGAGGGGCCAAAAAAGUGUUUGAUGACUGGCAAUUCAGCGGAUGAAGUUGCCAUUUUUGCAAAAUCAUACUAAUGAGUUACUGCUCUCUCUGUAGUUUCUACUUUUAGCAUUCAAACUAAUGAGUUACAAAAGCUGAUGCAUUUGUAGUGGUAGAAGUUUUGGGACCAUUUGUUGAAAAGCAAUUUGUAAACCAAGUUCUUUUAUACUAUUGAUCAGAGCAAUGCUCAUAUAGAAGAAUAUGCUUACUUAGCAAUUAUUUGUUUGACAGAGAUUAUUAUAGAUUAUGUAUGAAUUACAAAACCCUGUAAUUUAUUCAA